AUGCAGCUUUUCCCAGAACGGGUGAUCAAAAUCUGGAGCCUGUGGGAGCUUCGUGUUGCAGUACUAAUCAGCCUCGGCUUUCAAAGCAUCCUAAUCCUGAUUGGGAACUGGAGAAAGCAUUCAACCAAUGACUACCUCAGAAUUGUUUUGUGGCUCGCUUACUUGUUGGCUGAGUCAACUGCAACAUUUUCACUCGGCGUACUCUCCAACAGCCAAGAAGACUUUCAAGGUGAUUCUGCAAACCCAGACUAUAUAAUAACAGCAUUUUGGGCACCCUUUCUUCUCUUGCAUCUUGGUGGCCCAGAUAUUAUUGCUGCUUAUUCCUCAGAAGACAAUGAGUUGUGGCUGAGGCACUUGCUUAGGCUAGGUUCCCAGUUACUUGUAGCUUCCAAUAUCUUAUUCAGAGCAUGGUCUAGUGAAGCCUUGAAUUUUUUGGCAUUACCAAUGUUCAUAGUUGGGAUUAUAAAGUCUGGGGAGAGGACUUGGGUUUUAAGAUCUGCAAGCAGUGAGCAAUUUAGAGAUUCUAUGCUCCAAGCUCCUGACCCUGGUCCGAAUUAUGAUAGAUACAUGGAAGACUACAAAUCAAGGAGAGAUGAGGGCUUCAGGGUAGAACUUGGAACAUUCAGCGCAUCCAAAGCUGCCACAGGUAGCGAUCAAUCACGCGAACCUGCAGCUGAUGAUGACAGUAGCCAAAAUGAUCCAAUAAACAAAGCUUACACUUUCUUUGAAAGUUUAAAGAAGCUCUGUGCUGAUCUCAUCCUCAACUUCCAUGAUGUAGAUAACAGCCAAAACUUCUUCCAAGCCACAACCUGUGAGGAAGCUUUUGAAGUUAUUGAGAUUGAGCUAGGUUUCAUAUAUGAUGUGUUUUAUACUAAAGCAGUCCUCGUUUAUUCUGGCCUUGGUGGCAUUCUCCGUUGUUUUACUUUUUCUUUAACAGUUUUAGUAUUCCUAAUUUUCCUUUUCAUCGAGAAGCAAGCAUACAGGGAAAUGGAUGUGAUUAUCACAUUUAUUAUGUUGGCAGGAGCUAUCAUCCUAGAAAUUUAUGCUCUAAUCAUACUGCUUUCCUCAGACUGGACAAAGCUGUGGCUGAACAAGAACAAGCACACAAAUACGGUGGCUUGUGUGGGGGGUUUCUUGCAUAAAACUGUUUCAUACCUCCCAUUGGUUAACAACAAGAGCUGGUCUAACUCCUUGGGACAAUACGAGCUCAUAAAAUUUUGUCUUAAGACUAAGCCAGCUAAGUGCAUUCUUUUCAAGAAGGACUGUUAUAUAAAUACGUUUUUAGAGAAGCAUCGGUACAAAGACUACAGCGAUGAAUCCCUAGAUUUCGUGAAGAAGUUGAUAUUUGGGCAGCUCCAAGAGAAAUCAAAAAGUGCCAAGAGUUUCAAGGAUCGGAAAGAAUUAUGCGCUGGAAGGGGUGACAAGGUGCUCGACAAAAAAGGUCUAAAGAUACUUGGCUGGACCAUUAAUGAUGCUGAAUUUGACCAGAGCAUCCUUCUUUGGCAUAUUGCUACAGAUCUAUGCUACUAUUCUGAUCUCAAUGAAGAAAUGAACCCUGCUACGAACCUAAAUUGUCGAGCAAGUAUGCGAUUGUCGAACUACAUGUUGUACCUUUUAGUCAUUUGCCCCUUCAUGUUGCCAAAUGGGAUUGGAGAGAUAAGGUAUAGAGACACAUGUUCUGAGGCUGAGGAUUUUUUCACAGAAAGAAAAUUGAAAUCAGAUGGCAAGGAAGCUCGCAUAGAGCUCAUGGAAGUGUGCACUGACCUCCAUCCAGCUAAAGUGAAAGGUGACAGAAGCAAGUCAGUGCUAUUUGAUGCAUGCAGGCUUGCAAAAGAUUUGCAAGCAAAGGAAAAUUGGGAUAAUAAGAAGAAGUGGGAGCUGAUAAGUCAUGUGUGGGUGGAAAUGCUAUCGUAUGCGGCUAAUCAGUGUCGAUGGAGAGAUCAUACUCAGCAACUCCGGAGAGGAGGAGAGCUGCUCACUCAUGUCUGGCUUCUUAUGGCACAUCUUGGUCUAACUGAACAGUACCAAAUUUCUGUGGGCCAUAAAAGGCCAAAAUUGAUUGUGCAGUAA